AUGAGAAUAUACGAGUUCUCAGGGGGCCGGCGGGGUUACCCUUUCAUGGAGCCAGCCAAGUCAACCACGACAGCCCAGGAGACAGCCAUAAAGAACUCCAACCCAAACCAACAGGCCAUGAAACGCACAGAAUGCACCCCAAGUUCCACAGUGGUCCCCGAGACGGCGUCUCUAUGCGCCACGAUUGGACUUGACAGCUCUGGUGGCACCGGGACUGUCGCCAAAGCCGGCUUCAGGCCCUGA